AUGACGACAUCCCGCAAGACGCCCAUUUUGCUCACUGGCGCCACCGGCUACAUCGGAGGCGCCGUCCUUGCGCAUCUACUCAACCAUCCUAACGCGAGCAACUUCGAGAUAUGCACCAUCGUCCGUAACUCGGCGAAGGCCAGCGCGUUACGGUCCAAGUUCGGUGUAAAUGUCGUCGAAGGCACCUUCCAAGACCUUGACAAAGUCGAGUCUCUGGCCGAAAAGUCGCAUGUCAUCUUCCACCUUGCCGACGCAGAUGACGAAUCAUUCAUGAAAGCUAUUUUGGCGGGCAUGCGCAAGAGGCACGUAACGCUUGGCGACCUCCCUGUCUUGAUUCAUACUGCAAGUUCUGGUACAGGGGUCAUCGUCGACGAUGCCCGUGGUGCGUUCGCAAGCGAGACGAUCUACAACGACAACGACGUCACCCAGAUGAAGUCCAUUCCGGACACGGCGUUUCAUCGUAACGUCGACUUGCUUGUCUUCAAUGCGGAUACCGAAGGAUACAUCCGCGGAAACAUCGUCGCUCCAUCUACUGUCUAUGGGAUCGCGAAGAACGCCCUCGUGAACGCUGGCGUUGCCAACGACCAUUCCAUCCAGAUCCCGAUUCUUGUCAGGGCUUCGCUUGCAAGAGGACGCGCUGGAGUGGUUGGAGAAGGAAAGGCGAUCUGGCCGGACGUCCACAUUGAUGACCUCGCGGGCCUCUACAUUUCCAUCUUCAACGCCAUUGUCAACAAACCGGACACCACGGGCCAUGGGUUCGAGGGCUUCUACUUCGGCGAGAACGGCGAACACUCCUGGAUGUCAAUUUCGUGCGCCAUCGGAGAUGCGAUGGUCGCUCUCGGAUACACCUCCGAUGCCUCUCCCUCGCCCUUCUCGACCGAAGAGCUCAUCAAAUACUUCGGGAGCGAGGCAGCGGGCUUGUACUCGGGGACGAACGCCCGCUGCCGUGCUGACCGCGGCCGCGCUCUGGGCUGGAAGCCGAAGUAUACGACGUUGGAUAUGCUGAAGAGUGUACGGGAUGAGGUGGAACAUUAUGGCGAGCUUAUGAAGGGGGGCAAGCUCGACUUCAAGUUCGAGCCGGCGGCUGGGAAGUAG